AUGACGCAAAACGCCUCAACGAAUUCUUCCCUCGACAAAUUAUUGGUCGAUAAAAAGAUGAAUUUUGUGGAACGUUUUUACUGGAGUGAGGAUGAUCCCGAAAUUGAAAAACAAAUUGCAGAGACAUGUAAACCCAAACUGGAAAUAUUCGAGCAGUGUGUUCAACAAAAAAGUUAUAAUCGUUGUGUCAUUCCCGAACGAAGGGAUUUUCAACGUUGCAUCCUCGAAGAAAAACUAAAAUUCAAAGAAAGGGAUCAUUCAUUAUUGCAACGAAUGGUUUUGAAAGCAGAAUUUUACAGAGGUAACGCUGGAGAUACUCCAUCGGAUUAUAUUGAGCAGAGGUUUGAAGAGGAUAGAAGAAGAGAACGAGGAGAGAUUAACGAUGAUGACGAGGACUAA